CAGAACGGGCCAAAAACUUCUUUUGUAACAGAUGAUAUUUUUAUACAUCCUGGAACAUACAGCAGUGCAUUUCUGAUGUACUGUGAACUGCCCACUUCUAGACGUAAAAAAUCAGUCGAAAAUACAGAAGAUCUGAUUGGAUAUAAUAUUUCAGUUUCUAAUAAUGGUGUAGAUUUCACUGAUGAACUUACGACGAUUAUCUAUGACCCGCUAUGUUAUGAAUGCAAUAUUACAUCGAUAUCAUGUGUUGAAUUGGACACCUGUCAAACAAAAACCGGGGAACCAUCUGUGGAGUCCAAACUGAGUACUUGGGUUAUCGUUUUGGUAGUAUUAAGUUCAAUUAUUUUAGUGAUUUCUAUUGGAUUUUACUGCGUCCGUAAGAACGUAAGAUUAGGAAAGCAAGUCCCAUAUGUUACAGAUUCAACUGUUGCAUUGCCAAAUAGAUAUGACCAUGCACAAUCGAUACCACCAACAAAACAUGACGACAUUUUUCUCGCUACCCAGUCAAGAAAUAACACAGAAUUGUAAAUUGAACCAGAAAAAGAACCAAAUGUCAUUUUGAUACAAAACUUUUUUUUAUAAAUUCUUUUUAUAAGCUUUGUUUAACCGAAGAUAUUAUGUCAUCAAAUAUUAUAAAUAUGUUUGAUUGCGUGAUGCUAUUUUGUUUCAUCUCAAAACUCUUCAAAAAUGAAAAAAGCAUGUCUAUCAGUCUGUUAUGUUUUUAUUUUGGGAGGCUUUUUUCUAUAAAGUAUUUAUUCACUUUUUUAUUAUGUGUAUUGUACGGUUUUAAGUAAGAAACUAAGGUUCGAACACCCUGAGGGAAACUUGACUUUAGGUAGAUUAUGCUAUUCUUGUUUAGUCAUACAGCUCCUUAAGUUUUCAUGUGUUUGUAUAUCUUUGGCUGUCCCGAUUUUUAGCUUCGAGUGCUUAAUACUAAAAAAGGUGAAUCCAGAAAAGCAUCUUGGAAGCACAAAAUCCAAAAAGUGUUUGUUACAGACCUUGUCUAGCACUAGAUCGAUACCACAGCUGGUGGUCCGAUACGUAGAUUAUCAAAAGAACAGUAGUCAGUUUAUUUUAAUUUUUUUAGGG